AUGGCUGAACAUCAAGCACAAUUAGAGCAACAGCAAAUGGUGGCAAAUUCUUAUACAAAAGAAAAUUUUUUGGAGUUUAAAGCUGCAAAAUUGCCAGAGAUUCGCGAAUAUUCCUUAAAUUCUGUUCGUGAAAGUACUAAACCUCAAACAUUCACGAGUCAAAGUAACUAUGUUUCCAAUAAACAAAAUUAUUUCAUUAGCUCUUUAAAUUUAAACGAGAAUAAAGCAGAUUUGCAGCAAACUCGCGAAUAUUCCGUGAAAACAAUUCCAGCAAAUUGCCAAACAGGCCUUAAAUCGAAAAAAUUCGCCAAUCUUAUGAAUGGAGGUUUAAAUACAAAAGAUAUGAGUUCAGCUUCAGCUACUUUCAUGACAAGAAAACAGAAUAAUGAUGAUUUGCAACAUAUUCGCGAAUAUUCCUCAAAUUCGUUACGUGAAACUUUUAAACAUCAAAAAUUGACCAGUGAAAUUAAGGUUGCUGUAAACAUGAGGAAUCUGAAGACGAAUUUAAUCAGUACCUUCAACCCAAAUGAUAAUAAAGCAGAUUUCCAACAUUUUCGCGAAUAUUCCCGGAAAACUAUGGAAAAAAGAACCAGUUUUAAACCUCAAAAAUUCUACCAGAAGCGACAAGAAGAUUUAAUUACCAGGAUUAUAAGAUCAACUUCAAACACUUCCUUGAUACGAAAAGAAAAUAUAGUAAAUUUCGAUAAAACUCGCGAAUAUUCCCCAAAUCUCAAUUGGAUAAAUUUGAAAACACAAAAAAUUAAGAAUAAAAGAAAUUUGGUUUCAAAAUCUAAGAAUUUGGGAUCAAAUUUCAUAAAAUCACUUGAGGAUAAAGAAGAUUUAGGAAAAAUUCGCGAAUAUUCCCCGAAACGAAAUACCAAAACGUUUAAAUCUCAAGAAUUGAAGGGUGAAAGCAAAAUUUCUUUAAAUACCAAUAACUUAAGAACCUCAUUAAUAAAAACCGAGAAUAAAGUAAACUGGAAUUAUAUUUUAAAACAUUCGCGAGAGUUAAGGGAAAAUCAAUUUAGGGAUUUGAAAAAUCCCCCUAAAAUCUUGAAAAUUCUGGAGGAAAAUUUAACUUUAAAGAAAUUAAAAACUCUAGAAAACUUCCUCAAAGUAGACACUAUAGUUUUAUUUGGCUCUGAAGAAGCCUUAGGGAAAUUUUCACCCAUUUUUACUUUACAACAUCCGCCUCGUUUAAUAAUAUCGGACUUUAAAGAGCAAGAACUAAGGAACUUUUUCAGCAGUAAUAUAUUAAGUUUGGUGUUUCUGGACUCUCGGGCGUCUAAAGAUGAAACGCUGCUAAAUACUGUUAAGAGAUCUUUGAAUAGAAGACGUUUGAAAAAAGUCAUUUUCAUAACUGAAAACCCCAUUACCGAAAGCCCUAAUCCAUCUCAACGAUUUGAGCAAUUCUUUAACUGGCUGCAUGUUCAAGGUUUCUGGAAUAGUUUACUAAUGGAUUUAGAAGGCAAUUCCUUGGCUUUUGUUAAUUUAUCAAAGAAAUUUAUAAGGGAUCUUACACUCCCCGAAUUUUUGCAAAUCAACAUUAAUUGGAAGGAUCUAAAGGGAUUUCCCAUACGCUGUUCCAUGGGCUCUAAUCCUCCCAGGACUUAUAUAUAUCAUGACGGGUCUCAUGAAGUUUCUUUAAAGGGUUAUUAUGGCACCAUUAUAAAUCUAUUUGCCAAGUAUUAUAAUGCCUCGUUAAAACCCUUUCUUUUAACCGAUAUGGAUUACUAUACCGAACUGGAUUGUGUGAGAUAUAUUAAAGAACGUAAAGUGGAUAUAUGCGGUGAUGUUUUAACCAUUAAUCCCGAAUAUGUGAUAACCCAACCGGAAGAGGUUUCAGCCAGUUAUUUAAUGGUGCCGUAUGAUAAGCCUUUGGCUCGUUUUUAUUACUUUCUGAAACCUUUUCAACUGCAUGUCUGGACCAUAGUGAAUUGUAGUUUUUUCUAUAAGGUCAUUACACUCGCCUUUAUACAUCGUCUGCAGCAUGGCACCUGGAAUGCCAGUCAACAGAUCCUAUAUGCCACUUUGUCGGUAAUGUUUCUGCCCUUUCACUUGACUAAAGUCAAAGGUCCCUAUCGUAAGUUUCUGGAACUAAUCAUGAUCUUAGUGGGUUUUGUGGUGGCCAAUUGGUAUUUAUCCGUAUUAUCCAGUCUUCUCUUUGCUCGUCUCUAUUCCCAUGAUAUUAAAACCCUAGAAGACUUAGCUCAUCAUAACAUCUCCAUCAUGGUUAAUGAUUUCGAUGUUUAUCUUCUAAAUAUCACCGAUAAUGAUCCCAUUAUAAUGCAGCAACUAAUAGUGGUAUCCAAUGAUGUCUUACAGCAUCAUCGCCGUAAUCUGGAUCCUCAUUAUGCCUAUUACAGUCAAUCGGAUAAAAUCGAAUUCUAUUUACAUCAACAAAAAUUUUUACUACGUCCACAUAUGAAAGUUUUAACUGGUAUACCACCUAUAAAUGAAGCUUUAGCCGGCAUACCCAUGAGUCCAAAUUGGCCCUUUCAACAUUUGCUUAACGAUUUUAUGAGGCGUAUAGCAGUAAGUGGUUUGUAUCAACGGCUAUUGGUAAAUGCUCGAGAAGAGGGUAUUUUGACGGGUUAUUUGCACUAUUUCCCCACCGAGCAUCAUUAUGUGGAGCCCUUGUCUAUUGAAUAUUUUCAAAUGCCAGCCAUGCUUUUGGCCGUGGGUUACAGUUUGGCUUUGGGGGGAUUUCUUUUGGAACUAUUCGUGUUUAAGGAGUUUUAA